GUUGGUUUAUCAGUUUCCACCCAUCUUUGAUAUUCAAUUUACUCACCUAGCUAGCUACCAUUAAAUACUCAUGAAAUCUCAUUAAUUACCUCAUCAACUCCUCUCAAGUUAUUACAAGACAAUUGCCCAUCUCUUAUAUAUCGUCUUGAAGCUUGCCACUAGCCACGGAGACAAGACAAAGUUGUACAAUGGCAUACAUAUACAUUCCAUGGCUCUUGUUCUCUCAAAUCCUCCUACAAGUAGCAAAACAUGAGGCCAAGGUUCCGGCUCUCAUUGUCUUCGGAGACUCCACCGUGGAUUCCGGAAACAAUAACCGGAUUAAAACACUUUUGAAGAGCAACUUCAAGCCCUAUGGCCGCGACUUUGCUGGGGGUCAACCCACAGGAAGGUUCUCCAAUGGUCGUGUUCCUCCGGAUUUCAUUUCUGAGGCUUUUGGACUGAAACCAUUCGUUCCGGCUUACUUGGAUCCCGACUAUGGGAUUUCGGAUUUUGUUACUGGUGUUUGCUUUGCUUCUGCUGGAACUGGCUAUGACAAUGCAACUUCUGAUGUACUAAAUGUGAUCCCUCUAUGGAAAGAAGUGGAGUACUACAAGGAGUACCAGGCCAAAUUGAGAGCCCAUGUUGGCCAUCACAAGGCAAGAGAAAUUUUGACAGAAGCUUUGUAUGUGAUAAGCUUGGGAACCAAUGAUUUCCUCGAGAACUACUACUUGCUACCCCGCCGGCAAGUCCAAUAUACAGUCCAGCAGUACCAGGACUUCCUUGUUGGACUAGCCGAAAACUUCAUGAGGGAGCUUUACAGUCUUGGAGCCAGGAAGAUUUCCCUAACUGGGCUCCCUCCCAUGGGGUGCUUGCCCUUAGAGAGAGCCAUAAAUUUCAUUGGUCACCAUGAUUGUGUGGAGGAGUACAACAAUGUGGCCGUGGAGUUUAAUGUGAAGUUGAACAACAUGGUGGCAAAGCUUAACCAAGAGCUUCCAGGCUAUAGAGUUCUGUUUACAGAGAAGGUCUAUCAGUUUGUCUAUCAAAUAAUCAGAACACCUUCCCUAUUUGGGUUUGAUGUUGUUGAAGUGGCAUGUUGUUCUACUGGGAGAUUCGAGAUGAGUUACCUCUGUAGCGAACCAAAUCCAUAUACAUGCAAAGAUGCAAAUAAGUAUAUGUUCUGGGAUGCCUUCCAUCCUACAGAAAAAACAAAUCAGUUAGUCUCCAACUAUUUAAUUCCAGAUCUUCUACAAUUCUACAAUUGAUUUAUUGUUUAAGAAAAAAAAUGCUUCCAUAUUUUGUUAUAGAAAAUGAAGUGUGGUUCUAAGAAUCUAUAUAGUUUUUAGUAUAUGUUUUUGUGCACCGUGCCAU